UUAUAUACUCCGUAUAUAUACUAACAUUUGUUUUCACAUACUUGAAAUAAAAUAGGUUCAAAGUUAAUUAUGGGAAUAGUGCAAAAAGUGAAUCCGUUUCGAGUAUUUCGAGAUGGGAGAGUAAGAAAAACCAUUACUCAGUAUUUGCCAUCCAAGUCGUCAACAAAACCGGCGUGAAAUGUGGUGAACACAAACAAAACCAAACAACUUUUCAAAAAUAUUAAAAUUAAUUGGAAUGGCAGUUAAAUUUUGCGCCUUCCCCCAAAAUUGCCGCGCUAAUAUGGCAUUUCUGCAUAACAAUAACAGAAAAACAAAAAUUAAAUCCUCAAAAAUCACCACCACCAUCAAAUCCAGGCAAAAACCUAAUAGCCUCAGAUCACCAUUCUCCGGCCGAUCUCUUCAUUUCCGAUCUUAUUCAUCGCCGGUCUCCGACAGAGACGAUGAACAUGAACCCAGAAAUCGAUAAUGGAAAAUCUUAACCUAACUCGGUAGAACGAAAAAUGGAGGAGGAUUACAGGGAUCUAGAGAUGGGCGACAUUGUUCCGCCCCCAUCGCCAUUAUCCCGAACAGUUUACAUGUCGAAUAAUUCAGGAAGGACAUUGCUAGUUUCCAGCCCUACAUCAUCAAGUAAGAAGAAACGGUCACCUGAAUCCGUCAGCCGAUCAUUAGGGUCAGCUUCUUUCAAAAACAUCUUGACGAUUAAUAGCAACAGAUCAUUCGACAUCGAUAACAACAGCUCACCAUCAACGACACCGCGUACGGUUAUAAUGUCGAAUACUGGUAAAGCAUUGGUUGUAUCGAGUUCAGCAAAGUCUUUAGGGUUAUCCGACUCUUGUAAGUCGUUAGUAUUUUCCGAGUCAGGGAAACGGGUCGAUCAAAAGAGGAAGUAUGUGAAACAGGUCACCGGGAAGCAUAAGGAUACGGAGCUCCACCUUGCGGCGCAGAGAGGUGACGUGGAGGUGGUGCUGGAUAUUUUGGAGGAGAUUGAUGCUCAGAUGAUGGGAACGAUGAAUGGGGCUGAGUUUGAUACGGAAUUGGAAGAUAUACGUUCCGCCAUUGUUAAUGAGGUUAAUGAGCUUGGUGAAACACCGUUGUUUAGAGCUGCGGAGAGAGGACAUAUUGAUGUGGUGAAGGCUCUUUUGCCUUAUACGACAAUUGAAGGCAUUUCUGCUAAGAAUCAAGUUGGGUUCACUGCCUUGCAUGUUGCAGCCGGCCAAGGUCAUGAAGGUAUUGUGCAGGUGUUAUUGGAUUGUGAACCAGAAUUAAGCAACACUUUGGGUCAAUCCAACGCAACUCCUCUAAUAUCUGCAGCAAUUAGAGGUCAUCUAGGAGUAGUAAAAGUGUUGUUGUCACAAAAUUCAAACUUACUAGAGAUUCCUAAAUCAAACGGGAAGAACGCACUACAUUUAUCAGCUCGACAAGGGCAUGUAGACAUUGUAAGAGCAUUGUUGAAGAAGGAUCCACAACUAGCCAAAAGAACUGACAAGAAAGGACAGACUGCACUUCAUAUGGCUGUCAAAGGUCAUAGUGCUCAAGUUGUCAGGUUGUUACUUCGAGCAGAUCCCACCAUUGUCAUGCUUCUUGAUAAGUUUGGAAACGCAGCGUUGCAUGUAGCAACCAGGAAAAAACGGGUUGAGAUAGUCAAUGAACUCCUCCUCCUACCAGAAACCAAUGUAAAUGCAUUGACAAGAGACCGGAAAACUGCCAUGGAUAUUGCAGAAGGGCUACCUCUAUCAGUAGAAAUAACAGAGAUAAGGGAUUGUCUGAUGCGAAAUGGUGGAGUGAAAGCUAACGAAUUGAACCAGACAAGGGAUGAACUUCGAAAAACUGUGACAGAAAUCCAAAAAGAUGUCCACUCUCAACUUGAACAAACUCGAAGAACCAACAAAAAUGUAAACGGAAUUGCCAAAGAGUUAAAAAAGCUACACAGAGAAGGAAUCAACAAUGCAACAAACUCAGUAACUGUUGUUGCAGUACUUUUCGCAACUGUGGCAUUCGCUGCCAUUUUUACAGUUCCAGGUGGGGAUUAUAAUUCAGGAACAGCUGUGGUGGCUAGCAGAACUUCAUUUAAGGUGUUCUUCAUCUUUAACGCGAUUGCACUCUUUACAUCUUUGUCGGUGGUGGUGGUUCAGAUAACAGUGGUGAGGGGUGAGACUAAAUCUGAGAGGAAAGUGGUUGAAGUGAUCAAUAAGUUGAUGUGGUUGGCUUCAGUAUGUACUAGUGUUUCAUUUGUUUCAUCAUCUUAUAUAGUUGUAGGACGACAUUACGCGUGGGCUGCUGUUUUUGUUACUAUUUUAGGUGCAGGGGUUAUGGGAGGGGUGCUUGGUACCAUGACUUAUUUUGUUGUUAAGUAUAAAAGGAUCAGAAAAGUGAGGAGGAAAGAGAAAUCAUCAAGGAAAGCUGCUACUCAAUCACUUCAUGAUCAUACUGAUGUACUUUCUGAAGAUUCUGCUGUUAAUGCAAUCUAUGCAAUCUGAUGAACAUUAAACAACCAUUACUUGUGUUCAGUACGCGAUAUAUCCUCCCAAUUAAAGACAAGAGGCUUUACUGGUUGAUUGAUCAUCUUCAAAGCUCGAAAAGCAUGGAUUUAUGAAGGGGAGAAACUUUGGAAAGAAGAACUACAAUAGAAGUAAUUAAUGAAGUGUUUCUUCUUCAGAACAUCAUUGGAACAAAUUGAAGAGUUCAUAGUUGUGUACUUGGCUUUCUUGUGAUUGUUCUAAAACAGGGUUGCUUUAAACAAGAACCAAAAACCAUCAGAUUUUGGGGGAAAAAAAAAGUUUAAGAGUAGGAAAGCAAAUACAGUAGGUGAAGUAAAACUGUCAGAUUUGCAUGUUUCAUCUUUCAAUUCAUGUUUGUUUAACUUUGUAUAAUUA